GCUCUCGGCUCUUUUCUGAAGUGGUGUAGGAGCUGGCGGUUCUGUGCCUCUGCUGAGAGCCGAGAAAAGUACUCGCGCAAGCUUGGAGGCCAAGCUAUGGUGAGCCAGGGGCGACUGUCUGGGGACGAGUGGGCUGCUGAGCGUCGGGAAGCCGUGUGGUGGGCCCUCCCUCGGUCUGAGUCGGAGCUAGUGGCCAGACGUAGCGCGGAUGCAGUGACCUAUGAUGAUGUGCACAUAAACUUCACUCAGGAAGAAUGGGUCUUGUUGGAUCUUUCUCAAAAGAGGCUCUACAAAGAUGUUAUCCUGGAGACCUACAGGAACCUCACUGCUAUAGGAUACAAAUGGGAAGAAUACAAUAUUGAAGAAUAUUGUCAAAAUUCUAGAAUACAUGGAAGGCAAGAAAGAAGUCAUCCUGAAGAUAAACUCUAUGAAUAUAGACAAUGUGGUAAAGUUUUUGCAUGUCACAGUCAUCUUCAAAGUCAUGAAAGAAUUCGUGCUGGAGAGGAAUCCUGUGAAUGUAAUCAAUGUAAUAAUCACAGUACUCUUCAAAAUCCUGAAAAAAAUCAUACUGAAGAGAGACUAUAUGAAUGUAAUGAAUGUGGUAAAGCUUUUUCACAACAGAGUCAUCUCCAAAUACAUACAAGGACACAUCAUGGACAGAAACUCUAUGAAUGUAAGCAAUGUUGUAAAGCCUUUGCCUGUUGCAGCAGUCUUCAAAAACAUGAAAAAGAUCAUACUAGAGAUACAACCUAUGAGUCUAAGCAAAGUGGUAUAGACUUUUCACAUCAGAGUUAUCUCUAUAAGCAUAAAAGAACAUAUAUUGUACAGAAACACUACAAAUGCACUCAAUGUGAUAAAGUGUUUUCAAAACGUAGUAAUUUCCAAAGACAUAAAAGACUACAUACAGGAGAGAAACCCUAUGAAUGUAACCAAUGUGGUAAAGGCUUUGCACUGCCCAGAUAUCUCAGAAAACAUAGAAGAACACAUAUUGGAGAGAAACCCUAUGAAUGUAAUCAGUGUGGUAAAGCCUUUACACAGAGCAGUGGUCUUCAAAAUCAUGAAAGAAUUCAUACUGGAGAGAAACCCUAUGAAUGUAAUCAAUGUGGUAAAGCCUUUGCACAUCAUAGUUCUCUCCAGAAACAUGAAAAAACUCAUACUGGAGAGAAACCCUAUGAAUGUAAUCAAUGUGGUAAAGCCUUUGAACAACAAAUUUACCUUCAAAUUCAUGAAAGAAUCCAUACUGGAGAGAAACCGUAUGUAUGUAAUCAAUGUGGUAAAGCCUUUGCAUAUCACAGUCAUCUUAAAGUUCAUGGAAGAGCUCAUACUGGAGAGAAACCCUAUGAAUGUAAUCAGUGUGGCAGAGCCUUUGCUUAUAGCAGUAGUCUUCAGAUACAUGAAAUAAUCCAUACUGCAGAGAAACCCUAUGAAUGUAAGCAAUGUGGUAGAGCCUUUGCACAUCAGAGUUAUCUCCAGAAACAUGAAAGAACACAUACUGGAGAGAAACCCUAUAAAUGUAAACAAUGUGGUAAAGCCUUUGUACAACAGAUUCAUCUUCAAGUUCAUGGAAGAAUCCAUACUGGAGAGAAACCCUAUGAAUGUAAUCAGUGUGGUAGAGCCUUUGCAUAUAGCAGUAGUCUUAAAAAACAUGAAAUAGUCCAUACUGGAGAGAAACCCUAUGAAUGUAAUCAAUGUGGUAAAGCCUUUGCAUAUCCCAGAUAUCUUCAGAAACAUGAAAGAACACAUACUGGAGAGAAACCCUAUGAAUGUAAUCAAUGUGGUAAAGCCUUUGCACAUCACAGUUAUCUCCAGAAACAUGAAAGAAUUCAUACUGGAGAGAAACCCUAUGAAUGUAAUCAAUGUGGUAAAGCCUUUGCACAUCACAGUAACUUCCAAAACCAUGAAAGAACACACACUGGAGAGAAACCCUAUGAAUGUAAUCAAUGUGGUAAAGCUUUUUCAAAGCAGACUCUUCUCCAACUACAUAAAAGAACACAUACUGGAGAGAAACCGUAUGUGUGUAAUCAAUGUGGUAAAGCCUUUGCAUAUCACAGUCAUCUUAAAGUUCAUGGAAGAGCUCAUACUGGAGAGAAACCCUAUGAAUGUAAUCAGUGCGGCAGAGCCUUUGCAUAUAACAGUAGUCUUCAAAUACAUGAGAUAGUCCAUACUGCAGAGAAACCCUAUGAAUGUAAGCAAUGUGGUAGAGCCUUUGCACAUCAGAGUUAUCUCCAGAAACAUGAAAGAACACAUACUGGAGAGAAACCCUAUAAAUGUAAUCAGUGUGGUAAAGCCUUUGCACAACAGAUUCAUCUUCAAGUUCAUGGAAGAAUCCAUACUGGAGAGAAACCCUAUGAAUGUAAUCAGUGUGGUAGAGCCUUUGCAUAUAGCAGUAGUCUUAAAAAGCAUGAAAUAGUCCAUACUGGAGAGAAACCCUAUGAAUGUAAUCAGUGUGGUAAAGCCUUUGCACAUCUCAGAUAUCUUCGAAAACAUGAAAGAACACAUACUGAAGAGAAACCCUAUGAAUCUAAUCAGUGUGGUAAAACCUUUGCACAUAACAAUAAUCUUCAGCAUCAUGAAAGAAUUCAUACUGAAGAGAAACCCUAUGAACAUAGUCAAUGUAGAAAACCCUUUUCAUAUCACAGUAGUCUUCAGAUUCAUACUUCAGAGAAACACUAAUGUAGUUAACGUGGUAAAGCCUUUGCAUGUCAUAGUAGUCUUUACAUUCUUGAAAGAAUUCAUAUUGGAGAGAAACACUAUGAUAUAAUCAAUGUGGUAAAGCAUUGCAUAUCACAAUUAUCUGCAAAUAUACAAAAGAACACACUGAAGGAAAAUGAUACAAAUGUAAUCAAUGUAGUAUAAAGCCUUUCAACAUCACAGUUAUCUUCAAAUACAAAGGAACACAUACUGGAGAGUAACGUUAUGAAUGUACUCAGCCUGUUAAAGCCUUUGCAUAUCACAGUUGUCUUUGAGGACAUGAAAGUACUCAGGAAAUGAACCUAUGAAUAUAAAGUGUUUUUUUUCCCAUAGGUUUACUGUUUAUUCAGGGUUAAAUGUUACAGAGUUCAUACACUGUCGGAACCAUGCCUGAGAACCCAAAGAAAGAAAUGGUGCAAUGGACAGCCUCAUCCACCCAGUGUAUUAAAACUUGAUUCAUAUGCAUUUUGAUAAUUUCACAAUCUUGAAAACUAUAACAAGACUUGGGAUUUACAUCUGCUGCAGGUCUUCAGCAUUCAGUACAGUAUGCUAUUAAAAUAACCUCAUCAUGUCUCCGUUCACUUCCUAAAAUUUGUGUGUGUAUGUGUGUCUAGCUGGAGUAGACUAUAAAGUAUUUGGUAAGAUCUUUAGGCUACACACUUAAAUUCAAAUUACACAAGAGUUAUUGCAGAUUUUAAAAAAAAUCUGAUGCUCUCUUGCUCUGUUCCCUUGCUCCUGCUCCCCCUCUCUUCCCUAUUCCCUCCCCCCUCUCCACAUGCUCAUGGGCAGCUCUCUCUCUCUCUCUCUCUGCCUUUCUCUGUCUCUAUUCCUUUAACUCCCCAAGCCCUGAAAAAACUCUAUUCUAUACUGUUAAAAAAAAAAUCCUACAAUUGUCAACAAUCUCUUCAAGCCUUUGGCUUCUUCAUGCUACAUGCCAAAGAAAGAAACUGAAUAUAGAGUCAACAAGAAAUACUAGCAUUUCUGAAGGGAAGAAUUGUUGACAGGGAGAAAUGUCAUGUCUUGGCAGCAUCCCUUUUCCACUUCAAAGAAUAUGAUUAGCAUUGAAAAACCUUCAUAUGGCAUUUGCUCCUGUGUGGCAAGCUGCUCCUGGGGUAAAAACUCUCCUUGCUUCAACUGCUGACAGUAUACUGUCCAAACUGGACAAAUAGGAUACAGAGAAGUCAAGUGCUAAACUUUACCAAAACAAGUAGGCAGUGCUUUAGUAUUGCUGCCUCAUGGAAAAGUCUAUCAGAUAUUUGGGGCAGAAGGCUGAAGAUAAUGUCUCAAAGUUGCAGAGGAACCUUGGAUGACUGUCCGGGUCAACCUCUCUCUAGCAUUUCUAUAAUUUUGGAAGCUGCUUGCUCUGCACUUCCUGUAUCCUCAGGGAAUGUUCAUUCCUUCUCAGGUCUCUUAUGGGGUUGAAGACUAGAUAGUUAUAGUCUCAUAACUCAGCUUAAGUUGUUUAAGGUUUAAAAAAUAUUUUAAGGUCUAAAGGUAAAAGUUGGCAAAUGCAAGUUUUGAUUGAAAGCGAAAUAGGCACAGAAGAUUGGAUUCACCGAGAUAAUUGAUAGUAGAUAGAAAGUAGAGUACUUUCUCCAAGGUUGCCAAAUACAUAUUGACUGUAUCUUGUGAAUACAAUUCUCACUUGAUGGUUUUCAUAAUUGUUCUUAUUGUAUAUAGCUUAUUGAUGGUAGAGAAAGACCCUUUAUUGGACUAAAAGGGGGAGAUGUAGGGAUAAUCUUUAUUUGUCCUGCAUAGAGAUGUGUCUCUGUCCUUCCUUGUAUGCCCAAGGCACUUUCUGCUUGGUUACAAUAAACAGCAUAUAGCAAGGGGUAGAAUAGAAGGGAGAGAACAAUUCUGGGAUAGAGUUGGGCACAGGUACAUCCACCAAGAAACAGGGGAACCUGGAGGUAUGAUGCUGAGGAGAAGUAAUCAGCCAUGUGGCAAAACUUAGAUCACUGCAAAUGAGAUUAUAUAUUUUGAGCUAGUGGGAACAAGCCUAGCUUAAGGCCUAAGCAUUUAUUAAUAAGUAAUAAGCCUCUAAGUUGUUCAGGAAUUGUUCCCAGGUAGAAGGGCCAAAGGUUUCCUCAUCACCCAGUAACAUUUCCUCCGGCAGGGUAGCAUUUACUCAAUAUCCAAUUGGUGGUAUCCAAAUGAUACCACCGAUUGAAAAGGGUUGAUACUUUGAAGCCUACAUGCUUCCUUUUGUUAGGUGAACUAAUUUAUGAGGAAGGAAAAUCCCUGUAAUUAAGCCUUUGGGUGCUUCAAUAUCUGGGUUACAGAAAUGAAGCCUUAAGUCAGUAAAACAAUCAAGAGUAAAAAUUAUGUUUGUUCAAAGAUUUGUUAUUACAGAGCUAUAGGAAUAAAGACAGCAUGAUACUGGCAUAAAAACUGAUGUGUUGAUCAAUGGAAUUUAAUUGAAAAUCCAGGAUAAAUGCACCAUACUUAAGGACAUUGACAAAGAAGCCUUGCUAUAUGCAAGCACAAAUGCAGAUGGAACCAAAGUAAUACAUUGCUAAGUUUUAGAGAUGAUGUUGCACUCAAAUCUAUUGCAUCUGGAGGCUAUGGAUGACGCUCUGAUGAGAUUUAAUGUGCUGGCUCAUCAUCAUACUCCACAAGGUAUCUUCUACAUUCCUUUUUCUUUAAGAUACCUUGGACUCCUUUGGUCCAGUUCACUGUCCACUCCCAUGAUGCCCCAGCAGACUCUCCAAAUCUAUACUUUUGCUUUCAUCUUCUAGUUGAUGUGACAUGAACGUGUAUGCAAAAAGAGCAUUCUAAGGUCAUUUCUUUCUCCAUUAUGUUUGUGGUUUCUGUAUCCUAUAUCCUUUGGCAUAUAGGUACUUAUCAAAGGAUAUAUAUGGUAAAUUAUGCCUUUUCUAACCCAGAAAGCCUGACUUAUAGAAAGCUUUGUAAUAUUUACUAUUGUUAACUGUUCUAAGCAGAAAGCAUGUUUUAUUUAAAUAAUGCCUUUAUGUAGCUGACAAUUUCACUCUUAUUGUCUGACCAUAACUUUGACUUCAAAUUUCUUUAUCACAGGUUGGUUUCUAAAAUGGCAAAAUGAAAAAAAAAAUUUUUUUUAGCAAA